UCCGUCCUGUGCCUCUCCUCCCAAGCCACUGAUAGGGUUUAUUGAUGUUAGUGUUUUUGAUCGCCUAUCCCAGUGUUGUGUCUUUGCCAGUUUGUGGUGUGAUGUUGCACUCUGGAGUGUGUUCCCUGGAUUUGGUGCAGGAGCAGUGCUGUGUGAAAGAGGAGUGUGGAGAUGAUCAAAUCACUGAGUGCAUGGUUAAAACCGAGGAACAUGAAGCCUGCAUAGACACAACAAACACAGGUAUUGCUGUGCAGCUGAAGGAGGAAGAUGGAGAGCAAAAGGUGUCGGAGGAACCGGGAGGAAAAACAGAGUGUAAUGAAGAAAUGACUAAUCAAAGCUUUCACAGGGUUCUUGUUUUAACAGAGGCAGGCACCAACGAGAAGACCACCACCACUAAUCUGUACCACUGCCCUCAGUGUGAGAAGACUUUUUCGAAAACGCAGUUGUUAAAAACACACCUGAGAGUCCACACUGGAGAGAAGCCUUACGGAUGCUUGCACUGUGGGAGGAGGUUUUCUCAUCUGGCGUCGUUAACGGGUCACAAGAGGACACAUACGGGAGAGAAGCCGUAUCAGUGCUUUCAGUGUGGGAAGAGGUUUGCUCUUUCAGGCUCCUUGAAAUUGCACGAGAGAAUCCAUUCGGGCGAGAAGCCGUACCAGUGCCUUGAGUGUGGGAAGAGCUUUUCCAGACGUGCCUUUUUAAAAAAGCACCAGCGCAUGCAUUCCGGAGAGAAGCCUUUCUGUUGCCUCGAGUGUGGGAAAAGGUUUUCGCAUCCGAGCUCCCUAAAAGAUCACGAAGGAUCGCACACCGGAGGGAAGCCGUAUAGCUGUUCCGAAUGCGGAAGGCAGUUUUCUCACCCGAGCUCUCUAAAAGUUCACGAGAGGAUCCAUAGUGGCGAGAAGCCUUACCAUUGCACUCAGUGCGGGAAGAAUUUUUCCCAUCUUACGUCGCUGAAAAUUCACGUCCGAAUACAUACUGGAGAGAGGCCGUACCAGUGCUCCCAGUGUGGAAAGGGUUUCUCUCAUGCAGGCUUAUUGAAGGGUCACGAGAGGAUACAUACUGGGGACAAGCCGUACCAUUGCACGCAGUGCGGGAAGAGUUUUACUCAGUCGAGCGCGUUAAAAGUUCACCAGAGGAUCCAUACCGGAGAGAAGCCUUACCGGUGUUCAGAAUGCGACAAGUGCUUUUCUCAUCCAGGGUCUUUAAAGAUUCACAGAAGAAAGCAUAGUGGAGAGAAGCCUUAUCAGUGUGAGCAGUGCGACAAAAGUUUUUACAGAUCAUGGUACUUAAAAGUGCACCAGAGAAUGCAUAGUGAGGAGAAGGAAAUUAGUUCGAAGUGAAUAUUUGUAUGGUUUGCAUUAGAGACGUCUCAUCUCAUCUCAUUAUCUCUAGCCGCUUUAUCCUGUUCUACAGGGUCGCAGGCGAGCUGGAGCCUAUCCCAGCUGACUACGGGCAAAAGGCGGGAUACACCCUGGACAAGUCGCCAGGUCAUCACAGGGCUGACACAUAGACACAGACAACCAUUCACACUCACAUUCACACCUAUGGUCAAUUGCUACAUUCACACCUAUGGUCAAUUUAGAGUCACCAGUUAACCUAACCUGCAUGUCUUUGGACUGUGGGGGAAACCGGAGCACCCGGAGGAAACCCACGCGGACACGGGGAGAACAUGCAAACUCCACACAGAAAGGCCCUCGCCGGCCACGGGGCUCGAACCUGGACCUUCUUGCUGUGAGGCGGCAGCGCUAACCACUACACCACCGUGCCGCCCCGCAUUAGAGACGUAUUUAUUAUCAUUAUUAUCUCUCUGACUGCUUUCUGAAGAGACUUUAUCAUUUUGAAGCCGGGUUGGGUGAUGUAAUCAGGUAUUGACAAUGUUUAACACGUACUCAAUGUAAGACAUAAGUGAGCAUCAUUACUGCAUCACUGUACACUGAUCAGAUAUAACGUUAUGACCACUGAGAGGUGAAGUGAAUCACAUUGAUUGAUUCUCUCAUUACAGUGGUA